GAAGGCAUAAUGUAGAAUGCGCAGAGAGAGAGAGCAUGUGGCACAGCGCCCUCAAAGAAAAUUUACUCACGCCGCGCCUGAUGUCACUCGAAAUGUACAGUGUACUAGGUACAUGCAACUUGUGGUUGGUUGUACAGUUGCAGGCUGGCCGUCUGUACUGUGUGGGUUUCGCGACCAUAAGUGCGAUAUCACGAUGAUACGUCCACAUUCUGUUGCUGGAUUCACAGUCCUUCCAAUUCGCUUCAAUGCCAAAAGUGAGACAGACCAUUUCCUCUACUACAGAGAACACAGAGUAAGAGAUGAAGAUGCUACAAAGCCAGCAAGCAGAACCCUUUUUGUUGUCAACGUUCCUCCGUUCUGCAACAAGGAAUGCUUGGAAAGACUAUUUGGGCUGUGUGGUAAAGUAGAGGAUGUUUUUAUUCAAGAUAAGCCCUCAUCGACGGUUUGUUCAGAAAAGCAUUCCAAGAAUUUCCCAUCUCCAGUAAAUUCACUGGGUUUUCAGUUUGCAUUUGUAGUAUUCCAGAAAUCCUCCUCUGUACCCAAAGCAAAACAGCUUCCAUCUCAACUAGAAGAGCCUUUCCUCUUAUCAACAGAAGAUAAAUCGCUACUCACAGGCUAUAAAAAAUGGUGCUCAGAUUAUACCUUGAGUCGCCCAGAUGUGGAUGAUCUUCAGAAAGAGAUUGACGAUUUCAUGCAGGAGUAUGAUGCCAAAGUGCAGGAGGAGGAAUUAAAGGCCAAAGAGCUGGAAGGUGUGCCAGAUGAAGAGGGCUGGAUCACGGUAACGAGAAAAAGUGCUAAGCCAGCCGUAGCCCGCACUGAGAAGAACCAACGAAGGCUCCGUGCCAAGGAGAGGAAGAAGAGGGAAAAGACUGAGCUGCUCAACUUCUACACAUUUCAGAUGAGGGAGAGCAAACGAGAACAUAUAGCUCAGCUCCGGCAGAAGUUUGAAGAAGAUAAGCAGAAAAUUGCCCAGAUGAAAGCUGCCAGGAAAUUCAAGCCUUUUUGAAAAACAAUCCGGAUGGAUGACUACUUAAUCUACACUUGUUGCUGAGGGUGCAAUAGGUGCCUUCAUCCCAAUACAGGAUUUCUGUAGACCAGAAAUUUCCACAGAACUGCUCAAAAUUUAAGAUCCUGAGACUUAUCUACGUUCUACAUUUCUUUCAGUGCUGUUAAUCACUGAGAUGCCAUACAUGUACAAGAGGUUCCUCAUCAAUUCACAAAAUACCAAAAUGCACUGUAUCAUAAUUACAUAUUCUUUAUUGCUACACAUACAUAUAUACACUUCUGGAGGAUUUCAGUGGACAGCCCUAAAUGAAAUUUUUGGGAACCCUUAUAAAUUGUAAGAUGGCUUUUGUGAAACAACUUUACUUUGUUUUCUAUGUGUGCCUGAAUUUCAGUGUUAAAAGAGAAACCUUAUUUCUAUAUGCUGCAUCCUGUUGAAAAAUAACUUGAUUCUUAAAAUGCAAAAAAACACACAAAUGUCCACAAGUACAAUUUCUUCAAAUUUAGAACAUUUAUAAACAUGUAAAAUAUAAGAGAAGCAAGAACAGGUGGACUUUUCUCCAUCUAAGUGGACACACUGACAGGAAGAGUGGCAGUCUGGUCUCACAAGCUCUUUUUCAGUUAACUCUGCAUAGCGCCCUCAUGCUGUAAAACCAGGGAGAGUAGCCUGCAAUAAAAAGAGAACAAGCAAACAUCAGAUAUAACAUCUUCCCAGGCUAUGGCUACGGCCAUUAAUUAUGCCAUGAUAAUGGCAAAAAGCCAAGCCAUAGCCACAAGACACUCCAAACAUGGCUCAGCACAAUCUGUCUGUGUAGCUCAUUUACUGGCAAGUAAAUGUUCAGCUUUCCCACAAAGCAAUUUGUUCCUGUGCAACAGUUAUUAAACUACAGUCAAGCAACUCUUUGAAUCAGGCGUGCGACUUGGACAAAAAAUGAGAAAAUUCCAAUCUUUACAGGGCUGUACAGUGUUUUUCAGUUUUCAGUGGUAUGAGUGUGGAGUGAAAAAGGAGGAAAUCAGCUGAUCCAAAGAAAAGUUGCAGGCCUGUUGAAUCUGACAAGACAAAUAUUGUAUUAACUCUCCAGUUUGCAACCUCGUGUUUAAGAUUUGGCUAACAAUGUUAUACUAAUGACUACGGAAAUGUUAGCUGAUGAUAGUUCAGGUGGGGAGAGGCUACACCAUGCCGUCUGUGUACAUUUAACACAUUUUUUAUGCGGCAAAAUAAAUUGAAGUGGUUAUACAGACAGCAUAA